UCUCGACUACUAGAUUUAGUAGAAAUCUUUAGGAAAUAUACAGAAUUCGGCCGUAUCCGCCAUACUAGUACUUUACUAGCUUUACAGGUAGUAAACCUCGAAAAUACCACUAAACGGAUCGAAAUUUAUAUACUUACUAGUAGCGGUAGUACUCGUGAUACUAAUAAACCACCCAGUGCACGUGAUACUAGUAGUUCUAGUACUCAUAAUACCAGAUCUAUAGCCCUCUCUAGGAAAUACACCUUCCUACUAGCUUAUAUAAAGCAGGCUAGCUUGUUCUCUACUAUUUCUACUCGCAAUUCGCUUAAUACUGCUUUUUGCUCUAAGGGAAUUAAGGGACUAGUAAUUUCUAUGAUUUCUCUUUCCUUAAAAAGUAAUAUUAUAGUUAAUACUACUCCUGAAUUCAACUCUGACUUUCUAGUUCAAAAUCAAGCUAUUAUAAAGGAGGUGCUUCCCUUAUAUAAAGUUAUUAUUUAUGGUCUACCUAUUCGUGAAUUUAAUAUACCCGAAGAAAUGAACUUAGUUCUAGAAGAAAUUAAGACCUUUAAUAAGGGACUAGAGCCUAUUAGCUAG